AUUUUCAGUAGAUUCGUCAUUAGGAGGCAGCAUCUCCGAAGGUAAAAGUCGUUCUAAAAGUUAAAGAAACUAGGAGGAGAAGAAAAAACCGCUACCAAAUACAAUAAUGUAUAGGGUAAUUUUGGUUUGUCUUCUUGUGGGACAAAUCACCACUUCACCUGUGCACGAAAGAAAACUGAAAUGUGCAGGUGAAAAUUGUGAUGAACGACUCGUGUCCCUGGCUACUGAUCACUGUGCAUCUAAUCCAUGUCUUGAUGAAGGAAAAGUAAAAUGUAUUAAUCACGAAAAUGACUUUGAAUGCGAAUGUAAACUCGGCUACGUUGGAAAAAAGUGUGAAAUAGUGUGCAGCCCAGUCGAUAUAUGCUGGAUCAUCGAUGCCAGUGGAUCUAUUGGUCAAGCAAAUUUUGCCAUACAGAAGAAAUUCAUUCGUGAUGUUACUGCAGCGUUCGACAUUUCACUCGUUCAUACGAGAGUAGCGGCAAUCACUUUUGCUACAGAUUGUACACUUAUUUUCGACUUGGAUGACCUUUCCGACCGUCAAUCAAUUUUGACUGCCAUUGAAAAUAUAGGUUAUGAUUCUGGUCGAACAAACACUGCAGGUGGAUUGCAAAAGGCAAUGGAUGAAGUUUUCACACCCAGCGGAGGUGACAGAUUAGAUGUCCCGAAUAUCGCUCUAGUUCUCACUGAUGGUGCCUCAAAUGAAAAUCCGCAUUUAACCAUACCUACAGCCGAACAAUUAAAAGUCCAUACAUCUCUUAAUGUUACUGUAUUCGCUAUUCCUGUUGGCUCCGUAAAUGAAAACGAAAUCCAAGCCAUCGCAUCCGACUUAUCGAAAAUUAUAAGAAUUGCUAACUUUAACGACAUUGAAAAAUUCAAGAACAUAAUCUUGGAGGACACUUGCAAGGCAACAAAUAAACGUACAUGCUCACCGGAUCCAUGCAAGAAUGGUGCAACAUGCAUAGAAUUUACAAAUGAUUAUGAAUGUCAAUGCCCCGUUGGAUUCACGGGUAAAAAUUGUGAAACAAUGAUCAACUAUUGUAAUUCGAACCCAUGUCAAAAUGGAGCUACAUGCAUCCCUGAAGUCAAUGGAUAUAAAUGCGUCUGUCCAUCGGAAUAUACUGGGGUACAUUGUGAAACUGAAAAAAAUCCUUGUAAAUCGAAUCCUUGUACCAACGGCGGAACAUGUGAGAAUCGUCUUUCUUCGUACAAAUGUAUAUGUCCUAUCGAUUUCACUGGUAUCAACUGUGAAACUGAAGUCAAUCGUUGCGAUCCGAAUCCUUGCUUCAAUGGUGGUACAUGUAAAGAUUUAAGAAUUGGUUAUGAAUGUGUGUGUCCUGCCGGUUUCACUGGACUUCAUUGUGAAACACCAAUUGACCAUUGUAACCCUGACCCUUGUGUACACUCCCUCGGCUGCGUGUCUACACCAACAACCUACCAAUGUAUUUGCAAGCCAGGAUAUACUGGUAAAAACUGUGACGUCGACAUUAAUGAAUGUGAAUCUAAUCCUUGUCAAAAUGGUGGAACUUGUAAGAAUGGAAAGAAUAGAUACGACUGCGAAUGCCCUGAAGGAUAUACUGGAACGAAUUGUGAAACUCUGAUCAAUAACUGUAAACCUGAUCCAUGUUUUCAUGGUACCUGUACCAGCAGUCCAAAUUCUUUCACAUGCUCGUGUGAGCCAGGAUACACUGGAGUUCGUUGCGAAAAAGAAAUCGACGAAUGUUUAUCACAGCCUUGCAAAAACGGCGCCACUUGCCAUGAUAAAAUAAAUGGAUAUAUCUGCGAAUGCGCCGCUGGAUAUACAGGUAUUGACUGCGGAGAAGUAAUCAACAUGUGUGAACCCAAUCCAUGCUUGAAUGGUGGCACUUGUGAAGGCCGUGUGAAUGAUUUCCAGUGUUUCUGUUUAGAUGGAUGGAGAGGUAAAGAUUGUUGCGAAAAUAUCAACGAGUGUGCUGAAAACCCAUGCGGAAAUGGCGGAACCUGUUAUGAUUUGGUCAACGAUUACAAGUGCGCUUGCAAACCAGGCUACACUGGACGAAAUUGUAUGGAAAACAUCGACGAGUGUCAAUCUUCACCUUGUAAAAAUGGUGGUUCGUGCCACGACAGAAUAAAUGGUUUUGAAUGCACCUGUCCUCAAGGUUGGGCUGGAAGAAUCUGUGAAGAUAAUGUUAACGAAUGCGCAGAAAACCCAUGUAAAAACGGAGCUACAUGUAAAGAUCUCGUAAACGCUUAUCAGUGCAUUUGUGCCGCUGGCUGGACUGGGUCGGAUUGCGGUGAAAACAUUGAUGAUUGCAAACCAAACCCAUGUUUAAAUGGUGGAAGUUGUAAUGAUCUUGUUGAUGACUUCAGUUGUUUCUGUACAGCUGGUUGGGCUGGAAAAGAUUGUUGUGACAACAUUAAUGAAUGCGAUAAAAACCCAUGCCUGAAUGGAGCAACUUGUCAUGACAAAGAAAACGGCUACGCUUGUGAAUGUGCUCCUGGUUAUUCUGGACAAAAUUGUCAAAUAAACAUAAAUGAAUGCCUUUCAAAUCCAUGCCGACAUGGUGGUACUUGCACAGAUCAAGUUAAUGACUAUACAUGUGAAUGUCAACAAGGCUACACUGGAAAAAGCUGUGAAAUAAAUAUCAACGAAUGCAUUGAAGCACCAUGCCAGAAUGGAGCCACUUGCAAAGAUCUCAUCAACUCCUUCCAAUGUAUCUGCACACCUGGAUGGACUGGACCUUUAUGUUCGAUAGAUAUUGACGACUGCCAGUCAAGCCCUUGCUUGAACGGUGGAACGUGUACUGACCGUAUCAAUGAUUUUGAAUGCACCUGCUUACCUGGAUGGACCGGAAAGGACUGUUGCAUUGACAUUGAUGAAUGUCAGGCAAAUCCUUGCAAAAAUGGAGGCGUGUGCUAUGAUUUACCAAAUAGCUACGCUUGCGAUUGCCCCAUGGGAUAUACAGGAACAAACUGUGAAAUAAACAUAAACGACUGUUCUCCUAACCCUUGUCGACACGCUGGCACCUGUUCCGAUAAAAUAGCUGAUUAUGAUUGUAACUGCGCCCCUGGCUACACCGGUAAAAUGUGUGAAAUCAAUAUUGAUGAAUGUGCUGAAAACCCUUGUAAAAAUGGAGCUACUUGCAAAGAUUUGGUAAACGAUUAUCAAUGUAUUUGCGAUUACGGCUACACCGGUCGCAAUUGUGAAAUCGAUAUCGAUGACUGCAAACCCAACCCAUGUUUGAAUGGCGGAACUUGUACAGAUCUCGUUGAUGACUUCAGUUGUCAAUGUUUGCCUGGUUGGACUGGAAAAGAUUGUUGUGAUAACAUCGAUGACUGUGCUGAAAAUCCAUGUAAGAAUCAAGGCAAAUGUUUAGACUUGGUUAACGAUUACGAAUGCGUCUGCAAACCAGGAUGGACUGGAAAGAACUGUGAUAUCAAUGUUGAUGAAUGUGCGUCAAAUCCUUGUAAACACGGUGGAACUUGUCUUGAUAAGGUCAAUGGCUAUGAGUGUACCUGUGUACAUGGCUGGGCUGGUAGAAUUUGUGAAGAUAAUGUUAACGAAUGCGCAGAAAACCCAUGUAAGAACGGAGCUACAUGCAAAGACCUUAUAAACGACUACCAAUGUAUUUGUGCUGCCGGUUGGACUGGUGAAGAUUGCGGUGAAAACAUUGACGACUGCUUCUCUCAACCUUGCCUUAAUGGUGGUACUUGCAAAGACCUUGUCGAUGACUUUGAGUGUGCCUGUACAGCUGGAUGGACUGGCAAAGACUGUUGUGACGAUAUCAACGAAUGUCUAGAAAACCCAUGUAAAAACGGUGGUACUUGCUACGAUCUUCCAAACGGUUAUGAUUGCGGUUGUCCACCUGGCUGGACUGGAAAAAACUGUGGUCAAGAAAUCAACGAAUGUUCUUCGAAUCCGUGCAGACAUGGUGGUACUUGCCAAGAUCUCAUUAAUGCUUACAAAUGUACUUGUAAUCCUGGAUAUACUGGUGAGAAUUGUGAAAUCAAUAUUGACGAAUGUGCUGAAAAUCCAUGCAACAAUGGAGGAACAUGUAAAGACUUGGUGAAUGAUUAUCAAUGUAUCUGUUCCUCUGGAUACACUGGUCGUCAUUGCGAUGAAAAUAUUGAUGAUUGUAAACCAAACCCAUGUUUGAAUGGUGGAACUUGUCAAGAUCUUAUUGAUGACUUUAGAUGUAUUUGUCGACCUGGCUGGACUGGCAAAGAUUGUUGUGAUAAUGUUGACGAUUGUGUUGAAAAUCCAUGUAAAAAUGGUGGUACAUGCUUCGAUUUGGUUAAUGAUUAUACUUGUAAAUGUCUUCCCGGAUGGACUGGAAAAGACUGUGAAACAAACAUUAAUGAAUGUUCAUCUCAACCAUGCCGUCAUAGCGGUAUCUGCAUAGAUGGCGUAAACGAUUACUCGUGCAAUUGCGCUCCAGGUUAUACAGGCAAGAGUUGCGAAAUCAAUAUUGAUGAGUGCGCUGAAAACCCUUGUAAAAAUGGAGGAACUUGCAAAGAUUUGGUAAAUGAUUAUCAAUGUAUUUGCGAUUACGGCUACACCGGUCGCAAUUGUGAAAUCGAUAUCGAUGACUGCAAACCCAACCCAUGUUUGAAUGGCGGAACAUGUACAGAUCUCGUUGAUGACUUCAGUUGUCAAUGUUUGCCUGGUUGGACUGGAAAAGAUUGUUGUGAUAACAUCGAUGACUGUGCUGAAAAUCCAUGUAAGAAUCAAGGCAAAUGUUUAGACUUGGUUAACGAUUACGAAUGCGUCUGCAAACCAGGAUGGACUGGAAAGAACUGUGAUAUCAAUGUUGAUGAAUGUGCGUCAAAUCCUUGUAAACACGGUGGAACUUGUCUUGAUAAGGUCAAUGGCUAUGAGUGUACCUGUGUACAUGGCUGGGCUGGUAGAAUUUGUGAAGAUAAUGUUAACGAAUGCGCAGAAAACCCAUGUAAGAACGGAGCUACAUGCAAAGACCUUAUAAACGACUACCAAUGUAUUUGUGCUGCCGGUUGGACUGGUGAAGAUUGUGGUGAAAACAUUGACGACUGCUUCUCUCAACCUUGCCUUAAUGGUGGUACUUGCAAAGACCUUGUCGAUGACUUUGAGUGUGCCUGUACAGCUGGAUGGACUGGCAAAGACUGUUGUGACGAUAUCAACGAAUGUCUAGAAAACCCAUGUAAAAACGGUGGUACUUGCUACGAUCAAGAGAAUGGAUACUAUUGUGGUUGUAUGCCUGGUUGGACUGGAAAGAACUGCGGUCAAGAAAUCAACGAAUGUUCCUCGAAUCCGUGCAGACAUGGUGGUACUUGCCAAGAUCUCAUAAACGAUUACAAAUGUACUUGUAAUCCUGGAUAUACUGGAAAGAAUUGUGAAAUCAAUAUUGAUGAAUGUGCUGAAAAUCCAUGCAACAAUGGAGGAACAUGCAAAGACUUGGUGAAUGAUUAUCAAUGUAUCUGUUUGUCUGGAUACACUGGUCGUCAUUGCGACGAAAAUAUUGAUGAUUGUAAACCAAACCCGUGUUUGAAUGGUGGAACUUGUCAAGAUCUUAUUGAUGACUUUAGAUGUAUUUGUCGACCUGGCUGGACUGGCAAAGAUUGUUGUGAUAAUGUUAACGAUUGUGUUGAAAAUCCAUGUAAAAAUGGUGGUACAUGCUUCGAUUUGGUUAAUGACUAUACUUGUAAAUGUCUUCCCGGAUGGACUGGAAAAGACUGUGAAACAAACAUUAAUGAAUGUUCAUCUCAACCAUGCCGUCAUAGCGGUACCUGCACAGAUGGCGUAAACGAUUACUCGUGCAUUUGCGCUCCUGGUUAUACAGGCAAGAGUUGCGAAAUCAAUAUUGAUGAGUGCGCUGAAAACCCUUGUAAAAAUGGAGGAACUUGCAAAGAUUUGGUAAAUGAUUAUCAAUGUAUUUGCGAUUACGGCUACACAGGUCGAAAUUGUGAAAUCGAUAUCGAUGACUGCAAACCCAACCCAUGUUUGAAUGGCGGAACUUGUACAGAUCUCGUUGAUGACUUCAGUUGUCAAUGUUUGCCUGGUUGGACUGGAAAAGAUUGUUGUGAUAACAUCGAUGACUGUGCUGAAAAUCCAUGCAGAAAUCAAGGUGAAUGUCUUGAUAAGGUAAACGAUUACCAAUGCAUCUGCAAACCAGGAUGGACUGGAAAGAACUGUGAUAUCAAUAUUGAUGAAUGUGCUUCCAACCCAUGCAAACACGGCGGAACCUGUAUUGAUAGAGUAAACGGUUACGAUUGUACGUGUCCCAAAGGUUGGGCUGGUAGAAUCUGUGAAGAUAAUGUUAACGAAUGCGCAGAAAACCCUUGUAAAAACGGAGCUACUUGCAAAGAUCUUGUAAACGACUACCAAUGUAUUUGUGCUGCCGGUUGGACUGGUGAAGAUUGCGGUGAAAACAUUGACGAUUGCUUCUCUCAACCUUGCCUUAAUGGUGGUACUUGCAAAGACCUUGUCGAUGACUUUGAGUGUGCUUGUACAGCUGGAUGGACUGGCAAAGACUGUUGUGACGAUAUCAACGAAUGUCUAGAAAACCCAUGUAAAAACGGUGGUACUUGCUACGAUCAAGAGAAUGGAUACUAUUGUGGUUGUAUGCCUGGUUGGACUGGAAAGAACUGCGGUCAAGAAAUCAACGAAUGUUCCUCGAAUCCGUGCAGACAUGGUGGUACUUGCCAAGAUCUCAUAAACGAUUACAAAUGUACUUGUAAUCCUGGAUAUACUGGAAAGAAUUGUGAAUUUAAUAUUGACGACUGUGCUGAAAAUCCUUGUAAGAACGGAGGAACCUGUAAAGACUUGGUUAAUGAUUAUCAAUGUAUUUGUCCAUCCGGGUAUACUGGUCGAAAUUGUCAAACUGACAUAGAUGACUGCAAGCCAAACCCAUGUUUGAAUGGUGGAACUUGUCAAGAUCUUAUUGAUGACUUUAGAUGUAUUUGUCGACCUGGCUGGACUGGCAAAGAUUGUUGUGAUAAUGUUGACGAUUGUGUUGAAAAUCCAUGUAAAAAUGGUGGUACAUGUUUCGAUUUGGUUAAUGACUAUACUUGUAAAUGUCUUCCCGGAUGGACUGGAAAAGACUGUGAAACAAACAUUAAUGAAUGUUCAUCUCAACCAUGCCGUCAUAGCGGUACCUGCACAGAUGGCGAAAACGAUUACUCGUGCAAUUGCGCUCCAGGUUAUACAGGCAAGAGUUGCGAAAUCAAUAUUGAUGAAUGUGCUGAAAACCCUUGUAAAAAUGGAGGAACUUGCAAAGAUUUGGUAAAUGAUUAUCAAUGUAUUUGCGAUUACGGCUACACCGGUCGCAAUUGUGAAAUCGAUAUCGAUGACUGCAAACCCAACCCAUGUUUGAAUGGCGGAACAUGUACAGAUCUCGUUGAUGACUUCAGUUGUCAAUGUUUGCCUGGUUGGACUGGAAAAGAUUGUUGUGAUAACAUCGAUGACUGUGCUGAAAAUCCAUGUAAGAAUCAAGGCAAAUGUUUAGACUUGGUUAACGAUUACGAAUGCGUCUGCAAACCAGGAUGGACUGGAAAGAAUUGUGAUAUCAAUAUUGACGAAUGUGCUUCCAACCCAUGCAAACACGGCGGAACUUGUAUUGACAGAGUAAAUGGUUACGAUUGUACAUGUCAUAAAGGCUGGGCUGGUAGAAUCUGUGAAGAUAAUGUUAACGAAUGCGCAGAAAACCCAUGUAAGAACGGAGCUACAUGCAAAGACCUUAUAAACGACUACCAAUGUAUUUGUGCUGCUGGUUGGACUGGUGAAGAUUGCGGUGAAAACAUUGACGAUUGCUUCUCUCAACCUUGCCUUAAUGGUGGUACUUGCAAAGACCUUGUCGAUGACUUUGAGUGUGCCUGUACAGCUGGAUGGACUGGCAAAGACUGUUGUGACGAUAUCAACGAAUGUCUAGAAAACCCAUGUAAAAACGGUGGUACUUGCUACGAUCAAGAGAAUGGAUACUAUUGUGGUUGUAUGCCUGGUUGGACUGGAAAGAACUGCGGUCAAGAAAUCAACGAAUGUUCCUCGAAUCCGUGCAGACAUGGUGGUACUUGCCAAGAUCUUAUAAACGAUUACAAAUGUACUUGUAAUCCUGGAUAUACUGGAAAGAAUUGUGAAAUCAAUAUUGACGAAUGUGCUGAAAAUCCUUGUAACAACGGAGGAACAUGUAAAGACUUGGUUAAUGAUUAUCAAUGUAUCUGUUCCUCUGGAUACACUGGUCGUCAUUGCGACGAAAAUAUUGAUGAUUGUAAACCAAACCCAUGUUUGAAUGGUGGAACUUGUCAAGAUCUUAUUGAUGACUUUAGAUGUAUUUGUCGACCUGGCUGGACUGGCAAAGAUUGUUGUGACAAUGUUGACGAUUGUGUUGAAAAUCCAUGUAAAAAUGGUGGUACAUGCUUCGAUUUGGUUAAUGAUUAUACUUGUAAAUGUCUUCCCGGAUGGACUGGAAAAGACUGUGAAACAAACAUUAAUGAAUGUUCAUCUCAACCAUGCCGUCAUAGCGGUACUUGCACAGAUGGCGAAAACGAUUACUCGUGCAAUUGCGCUCCAGGUUAUACAGGCAAGAGUUGCGAAAUCAAUAUUGAUGAGUGCGCUGAAAACCCUUGUAAAAAUGGAGGAACUUGCAAAGAUUUGGUAAACGAUUAUCAAUGUAUUUGCGAUUCUGGUUACACAGGUCGAAAUUGUGAAAUCGAUAUCGAUGACUGCAAACCCAACCCAUGUUUGAAUGGCGGAACAUGUACAGAUCUCGUUGAUGACUUCAGUUGUCAAUGUUUGCCUGGUUGGACUGGAAAAGAUUGUUGUGAUAACAUCGAUGACUGUGCUGAAAAUCCAUGCAGAAAUCAAGGUGAAUGUCUUGAUAAGGUAAACGAUUACCAAUGUGUCUGCGAAGCAGGAUGGACUGGAAAGAACUGUGAUAUCAAUAUUGAUGAAUGUGCUUCCAACCCAUGCAAACACGGCGGAACCUGUAUCGACAGAGUAAACGGUUACGAUUGUACUUGUCCCAAAGGCUGGGCUGGUAGAAUUUGCGAAGAUAAUGUUAACGAAUGCGCAGGAAACCCAUGUAAGAAUGGGGCUACAUGCAGAGAUCUUGUAAACGAUUAUCAAUGUAUUUGUGCUGCUGGUUGGACUGGCCAAGAUUGCGGUGAAAACAUUGACGAUUGCGCAUCCAAUCCCUGCUUAAACGGUGGUACUUGCCAAGAUAAGGUUAAUGACUUUAGAUGUAUAUGUAAUCCUGGAUGGACUGGCAAAGAUUGUUGUGAAGAUGUCAACGAAUGUCUAGAAAACCCAUGUAAAAACGGUGGUACUUGCUACGAUCUUCUAAAUGGUUAUGAAUGCGGUUGUCCACCGGGUUGGACCGGAAAGAACUGUGGUGUAAACAUCAUUGAAUGUUCUUCGAAUCCGUGCAGACAUGGUGGUACUUGCCAAGAUCUCAUUAACGAUUACAAAUGUACUUGCAAUCCUGGAUAUACUGGAAAGAAUUGUGAAAUCAAUAUUGACGAUUGCGUUGAGUCUCCUUGCAAGAACGGAGCUACAUGUAAAGACUUGGUGAAUGAUUAUCAAUGUAUCUGUUCGUCUGGAUACACUGGUCGUCAUUGCGACGAAAAUAUUGAUGACUGUAAACCAAACCCAUGUUUGAAUGGUGGAACCUGUACUGAUCUUGUUGAUGACUUCCAGUGUGCAUGUACCCCUGGUUGGACCGGUAAAGAUUGCUGUGAUAACAUCGAUGACUGCGCUAAUGGUCCAUGUAAAAACGGUGCAACUUGUUACGAUUUGAUCAACAACUAUGCUUGCACCUGUGUUCCAGGAUGGACUGGAAAGGAUUGUGAAACCAACAUUAACGAAUGUGCCUCUUCCCCUUGUCGAAAUGGCGGUACUUGCAGAGACAGAGUAAAUGACUAUUUAUGCGACUGUCGUGAAGGGUUCACUGGAAAGAGCUGUGAAAUUGAUAUUGACGAUUGCAUUGAAAAUCCUUGCAAGAAUGGCGCAACAUGUAAAGAUCUUGUAAAUGAUUUCCAGUGUAUUUGUGCAGCUGGAUAUGUGGGAAGAAUUUGUGACAUUGAUGUUGAUGAUUGUUCACCUAAUCCCUGUGAUAAUGGUGGAACUUGUCAAGAUUUAGUUGAUGAUUUCAGAUGUAUUUGUCGACCUGGCUGGACUGGAAAAGAUUGCUGCGACAACAUUGAUGACUGUGCUGAAAACCCAUGCAAGAACGGUGCUGUAUGCCUCGACAAAAUUAAUGAUUACCAAUGCGUUUGUAAAGCUGGUUGGACUGGAAAGAAUUGCGAUAUCGAUAUCGAUGAAUGUGCGUCUAAUCCUUGUAAACAUGGUGGAACUUGUCUUGAUAAGGUCAAUGGUUAUGAGUGUACCUGUGUACAUGGCUGGGCUGGUAGAAUCUGUGAAGAUAAUGUUAACGAAUGCGCAGAAAACCCGUGUAAGAAUGGAGCUACGUGUAAAGAUCUUGUAAACGACUACCAAUGUAUUUGUGCUGCCGGUUGGACUGGUGAAGAUUGUGGUGAAAACAUUGAUGAUUGUGCACCGAAUCCAUGCUUAAAUGGUGGAUGGACUGGUAAGGACUGUUGUGACGACAUCGAUGAAUGUAUUGAAAAUCCUUGCAAGAAUGGAGGAACAUGUUAUGAUAAGGUCAAUGGAUAUUAUUGUGAUUGUGCUCCUGGUUGGAUGGGAGAAAAUUGUGAUGUUCCAAUUGAUGAAUGUGUUUCAGAUCCGUGCAGAAAUGGCGGAACUUGUCGGGAUCAAAUAAAUGGCUUUGUCUGUACAUGUCAACCUGGCUAUACUGGACCACUUUGCGAAAAAAAUAUAGACGACUGCGCCGAAAAUCCAUGCAAAAAUGGUGCUACUUGCAAAGAUUUAGUAAAUGGUUACCAAUGCAUUUGUGCUCCUGGUUAUACUGGAACAAAUUGCCAAACUGACAUCAAUGAAUGUGAAUCCAGUCCUUGUUUGAAUGGUGGAACCUGUACCGAUCUGGUUAAUGAUUUCCAAUGUUCUUGUGUAGCUGGAUGGACAGGAAAAGAUUGUUGUGAUAACAUAAACGAUUGCGCUGAAAACCCGUGCAUAAAUGGCGCCACCUGCUACGAUUUGAUAAAUGACUACGUCUGCACAUGUAUACCUGGUUAUACAGGCCGAAACUGCGAAAUUGAUAUUGAUGAAUGUGCAUCGAAGCCAUGCCUUAAUGGCGGUAGUUGUACCGACAAACUAAAUGAUUAUUCUUGCACAUGCCCACCAGGAUUUUCAGGAAAAAGAUGUGGCUGGAAUAUCAAUGAUUGCAAAGAAAACCCUUGUAAGAAUGGAGCUACUUGCAAAGAUUUGGUAAAUGAUUAUCAAUGUAUUUGCGAUUCUGGUUACACUGGCCGAAAUUGUGAAAUCGAUAUCGAUGACUGCAAACCCAACCCAUGUUUGAAUGGCGGAACAUGUACAGAUCUCGUUGAUGACUUCAGUUGUCAAUGUUUGCCUGGUUGGACUGGAAAAGAUUGUUGUGAUAACAUCGAUGACUGUGCUGAAAAUCCAUGCAGAAAUCAAGGUGAAUGUCUUGAUAAGGUAAACGAUUACCAAUGCAUCUGCAAACCAGGAUGGACUGGAAAGAAUUGUGAUAUCAAUAUUGACGAAUGUGCUUCCAUCCCAUGUAAACACGGCGGAACCUGUAUCGACAGAGUAAACGGUUACGAUUGUACGUGUCCCAAAGGCUGGGCUGGUAGAAUCUGUGAAGAAAAUGUUAACGAAUGCGCAGAAAACCCAUGUAAAAACGGAGCUACAUGCAGAGAUCUUGUAAACGACUACCAAUGUAUUUGUGCCGCUGGUUGGACUGGACAAGAUUGCGGUGAAAACAUUGACGAUUGCUUCCCUCAACCUUGCCUUAAUGGUGGUACUUGCAAAGACCUUGUCAAUGACUUUGAAUGUGCUUGUACAGCUGGAUGGACUGGCAAAGACUGUUGUGAAGAUAUCAACGAAUGUCUAGAAAACCCAUGUAAAAACGGUGGUACUUGCUACGAUCAAGAGAAUGGAUACUAUUGUGGUUGUAUGCCUGGUUGGACUGGAAAGAACUGCGGCCAAGAAAUCAACGAAUGUUCUUCGAAUCCGUGCAGACAUGGUGGUACUUGCCAAGAUCUCAUUAACGAUUACAAAUGUACUUGUAAUCCUGGAUAUACUGGAAAGAAUUGUGAAAUCAAUAUUGACGAUUGUGCAGAAAAUCCUUGCAAGAACGGAGCUACAUGCAAAGAUCUUGUGAAUGGAUAUAAAUGUAUUUGCGCAUCCGGAUACACUGGUGAAAUAUGUGACAUUGAUAUAAAUGAUUGUAAACCAAACCCAUGUUUGAAUGGCGGUACUUGUCAAGAUCUUAUUGAUGACUUUAGAUGUAUUUGUCGACCUGGCUGGACUGGCAAAGAUUGUUGUGAAAAUGUUGACGAUUGUGUUGAAAAUCCAUGUAAAAAUGGUGGUACAUGCUUCGAUUUGGUUAAUGAUUAUAGUUGUACUUGCGUUCCUGGAUGGACUGGAAAAGACUGUGAAACAAAUAUUAACGAAUGUGCAUCUCAACCAUGUCGUCAUAGCGGUACCUGCGUCGAUGGAAGUAACGAUUACUCGUGCAAUUGCGCUCCAGGUUAUACAGGCAAGAGUUGCGAAAUCAAUAUUGAUGAAUGUGCUGAAAACCCUUGUAAAAAUGGGGCUACUUGUAAAGAUCUUAUUGACGAUUAUAAAUGUAUCUGUGCAUCGGGAUACACAGGUACAAAAUGCGAAAUCGAUAUCGAUGACUGCAAACCCAACCCAUGUCAAAACGGUGGAACUUGCCAAGACUUGGUUGAUGACUUCAGUUGUACCUGCACAGCUGGUUGGACUGGAAAAGAUUGUUGUGAAAAUAUCGACGAUUGUGCUGAAAAUCCAUGCAAGAAUGAAGCAGAAUGUCUAGAUAAAGUAAAUGAUUAUAAAUGCGUUUGUAAAGCUGGUUGGAUAGGAAAGAAUUGUGAUAUCAAUAUUGACGAAUGCGCAUCUAAUCCUUGCAAACACGGUGGAACUUGUUUUGAUAAAGUGAAUGGUUUUGAAUGUACUUGUCCACAUGGCUGGGCUGGCAGAAUCUGUGAAGAUAAUGUUAACGAAUGCGCAGAAAACCCAUGUAAGAACGGAGCUACAUGUAAAGAUCUUGUAAACGACUACCAGUGUAUUUGUGCUGCUGGUUGGACUGGCCAAGAUUGCGGUGAAAACAUUGACGAUUGCGCAUCCAAUCCCUGCUUAAACGGUGGUACUUGCCAAGAUAAGGUUAAUGACUUUAGAUGUAUUUGUAAUCCUGGAUGGACUGGAAAAGACUGCUGUGAAGAUGUCAACGAAUGUCUAGAAAACCCAUGUAAAAACGGUGGUACUUGCUACGAUCUUCCAAAUGGUUAUGAAUGCGGUUGUCCACCGGGUUGGACCGGAAAGAACUGUGGUGUAAACAUCAUUGAAUGUUCUUCGAAUCCGUGCAGACAUGGUGGUACUUGCCAAGAUCUCAUUAACGAUUACAAAUGUACUUGCAAUCCUGGAUAUACUGGAAAGAAUUGUGAAAUCAAUAUUGACGAUUGCGUUGAGUCUCCUUGCAAGAACGGAGCUACAUGUAAAGACUUGGUGAAUGAUUAUCAAUGUAUCUGUUCGUCUGGAUACACUGGUCGUCAUUGCGACGAAAAUAUUGAUGACUGUAUACCAAAACCAUGUUUGAACGGUGGAACCUGUACUGAUCUUGUUGAUGACUUCCAGUGUGCUUGUACACCUGGUUGGACUGGAAAAGAUUGUUGUGAUAACAUCGAUGAUUGUGCUGAAAAUCCGUGUCAUAACGCUGCACUUUGUCUUGACAAAGUAAAUGAUUAUCAAUGUGUAUGUAAACCAGGAUGGACUGGAAAGAAUUGCGAAAUCAACAUUAACGAAUGUUUGUCCACGCCUUGCAGACAUGGCGGAACUUGCUUUGAUGAGAUCAAUGGUUAUAGUUGUUUGUGUCCCCCUGGAUACACUGGAAAAAUGUGUGAAAUAAAUAUAGAUGAUUGCAUAGAAAACCCGUGUAAAAAUGGAGCUACCUGCAAAGAUUUGGUGAACAACUAUCAAUGUAUUUGCGUACCAGGUUAUACUGGAACAAUAUGUGAUAUAAAUAUCGAUGACUGUAAACCAAACCCAUGUUUGAAUGGUGGUAGUUGUACUGAUCUUGUGAACGAUUUCAAGUGUGUCUGUACGUCGGGAUGGACUGGAAAAGACUGUUGCGAUAAUGUCGAUGAUUGUAUGGAAAACCCUUGUCAAAAUGGUGGUAGUUGCUAUGACUUAGUCAAUGAUUUCGAUUGUAAUUGCGCUCCUGGAUGGACUGGAAAGACAUGCGGAAAUAAUAUCAAUGAGUGCGAUUCAUCCCCGUGUAAGAAUGGUGGAACCUGUGUAGACAAGGUCAACAGAUUUGAAUGUGUUUGUCAACAUGGUUGGAUGGGCAGAAUUUGUGAAGAGAAUGUAAACGAGUGUAAACCAAAUCCGUGCAAGAAUGGAGCUACAUGUAGAGAUCUUGUGAAUGAUUACCAAUGUAUUUGUGCCGCUGGCUGGACUGGUGAACAUUGCGAUGAAAACAUUGAUGAUUGCAAACCAAACCCAUGUCAACACAAUGGAAUUUGCCAUGAUCUAGUUAAUGAUUUCAGAUGCACAUGUGCUCCUGGCUGGACUGGAAAGGAUUGCUGUGACGAUAUCGACGAAUGUGCGUCUAAGCCUUGCAUUAAUGCUGCUGCUUGUGUCGACCAUAUAAACAACUAUGAAUGUGUUUGUGAACAUGGUUGGACAGGUCGCUUGUGUAAUGAAAACAUCAACGAAUGCAUCUCAAAUCCUUGUAAGCACGGUGGUACUUGUACUGAUAAAAUCAAUGAUUAUGAUUGUAACUGCAAAGUUGGAUACACUGGAAAGAACUGUGAGGAGAACAUCAAUGAUUGUAAAGGUUUACCAUGUAUUAAUGGUGGAACAUGCAAAGAUCUUGUCAACGGUUAUCAGUGCUUCUGUAAACCUGGAUUCACUGGCACUAACUGUGAAACAAAUAUAAACGAAUGCCAACCCAACCCCUGUUUGAAUGGAGGCAGUUGUACUGAUUUAAUCGAUGACUUCAGAUGUGUUUGCACUCCUGGAUGGACUGGCAAGGACUGUUGUGACAACGUUGAUGAUUGUGUUGAAAAUCCGUGCCGAAAUGGUGGUACUUGCCUCGACAAAGUGAAUGACUAUCAGUGUGUUUGUAGACCAGGAUGGACUGGAGAAAAUUGCGAAGAAAAUAUCGAUGACUGUGCAUCUUUGCCUUGUUUGAAUGGAGGCAUAUGCGAAGAUCUCCAUCGCGACUUUAAGUGUACUUGUCCCCAGGGAUGGACUGGUAAGGACUGCGGAGAUAAUAUUGAUGAUUGUGCAUCUGGCCCCUGCAAAAAUGGAGGUACCUGCAAAGAUCUUCACAUGGGAUACGAGUGCUGUUGUCAAUCAGGAUAUACUGGCAAGAACUGUGAGACUAACAUCAAUGAAUGUGCUUCUAAUCCAUGUAAGAACGGCGGAGCUUGCACUGAUCUUAUUGAUGACUACAACUGCAACUGCAAACCUGGAUGGACGGAUAAAGAUUGUGGAGAAAACAUUGAUGAUUGUAAAUCCAAUCCUUGUCAACACAGUGGUAUUUGUAUGGAUCUUGUUAACAAUUACAGAUGUUUCUGCGUUGUUGAACCUGGAUGGACUGGUAAAAAUUGCGAAAAUAACAUCGACGAUUGCGCAUCCGGACCAUGUGAAAAUGGAGGAACCUGCAGAGAUCUUGUUAACGGUUACAGAUGCACAUGCCCCUCCGGAUGGACUGGAAAGAAUUGCAAAGAAAAUAUCGAUGAUUGUGCAUCAAAUCCAUGUCAUAAUGGAGGCACUUGCAAAGAUCUUCUCAACGGCUAUGAAUGUUGCUGUGAGCCAGGUUAUACUGGACCUAACUGUCAAAUUAAUAUCAAUGAAUGUGCUUCAAAUCCCUGUGAGAAUGGCGGUACUUGCACAGACCUUCUUGACGACUACAAAUGCGACUGUAAACCAGGAUGGACUGGAAAGAACUGUCAUACUAAUAUUGACAACUGUUUAGAAAAUCCAUGCAAGAAUGGAGCAACAUGCAAAGAUCUUGUAAAUGACUAUCAAUGUAUCUGUGUACCUGGCUAUACCGGUCGCAACUGCGAAACAAACAUUGACGAUUGUGAAUCUAAGCCAUGUUUGAAUGGUGGAACUUGCACUGAUCUUGUUCACGACUUCAAAUGUACCUGCUUACCUGGAUGGACUGGUAAAGAUUGCUGCGAAAAUAUCAAUAACUGCAAGGGCAAACCGUGUGUAAACGGAGGCACUUGUAAGGAUCUUGUUGAUGAUUACCAAUGUUUCUGCAAACCUGGAUAUACUGGAAGAAAUUGCGAAACUAACAUAAACGAAUGCGCAUCAAACCCAUGCUUAAACGGUGGUAGUUGUACAGACCUAAUUGACGACUUCAAAUGCGACUGUACACCUGGAUGGAACGGAAAAGAUUGCGGCGAUAAUAUUAAUGACUGUAAAGCGAAACCCUGUAAGAAUGGAGCAACUUGUAAAGACUUAGUAGACGACUACCAGUGCAUAUGCGCACCAGGGUGGACGAACAAAAACUGCGAUGAAAAUAUUGACGAUUGUCUAUCAAAACCAUGUUUGAAUGGAGGAACUUGUACUGAUCUUGUUCAUGACUUCAAAUGUACCUGUGUUGCUGGAUGGACUGGAAAGGAUUGCGGCGAUAACAUUGACGAUUGUGCAGAGAACCCAUGCAGAAACGGAGCAACAUGCAAAGAUCUACUUAAUGAUUAUGAAUGCUGUUGUAACUCUGGAUGGACUGGAAAGAAUUGUGACCAGGAAAUUGACGAAUGCGCUUCUAACCCGUGUAAGAACGGCGGUACCUGUGAAGACAGAGUAGAUGGUUACAUCUGUAGAUGUAAACCAGGAUGGACAGGAACAAACUGCGGUGAAGACAUUGACGAAUGCGCUUCGAAUCCCUGCAUAAACGGAGGAACUUGUUAUGACCUCGAAAAUGCUUACGAAUGCAAUUGUCCAGCCGGCUACGAAGGUAAAAAUUGCGAAGAAAUGACUGACAAUUGUCAACCUAAUCCAUGCAAACAUGGAGGAACUUGUAGUAACAAAUUAAACGACUUUACAUGCACAUGCCUACCUGGAUACACCGGAAAAGAUUGUUGUGAUAUUAUUGAUAACUGUGAUGUUGCUCCCUGCCUAAAUGAUGGAACCUGUAUGAACUUGGUUAACGACUAUCAUUGUAUUUGCAAAGCUGGAUAUACAGGAAAGGAUUGUUCUCAAAUUAUUGACAACUGCGAAUCACAACCUUGUUUACAUGGCGGUACUUGUGAAAAUUUGAUUGAUGAUUUCGCAUGUCAAUGCAAACCUGGAUAUACUGGUAAAGAUUGCUGCAUCAUUAUUAACAACUGUAAAUCGGAUCCGUGCAUGAACGGUGCAACAUGUAUAAAUGAAGUUAACAACUACCAAUGUAUUUGUGACGACGGCUAUACUGGCAAGAACUGUGAUGAAAUCAUCGAUUACUGUGAAUCGUGUCCUUGUUUGAAUGGAGCAACUUGCAUUAACAAGCCAACUGGAUACGAAUGUACCUGCGAGGCAGGUUUCACCGGAAAAGACUGUGAAACUGAAGUAAAGAGCUGUAUUCCUAAUCCCUGUCUGAAUAAUGGAGUUUGUACUCAACUUAAAGACGGAUACCUCUGUACUUGCGAUGCUGGAUUUACAGGCAAAAACUGCCAUAUACUGAUCAGCGAUUGCGAGGAUGAUAAAGUUAAUGUUUAA